AUAAACAGUCGUCCCGACAGGUUUGUUGUAGUCUCUUCGUUGCUCUUCUACGAUGGAUUAUUUGAGUAUUGAAGAACACGCGGCCGCCUCCGCCGUCGCAGCGCUUGGUGGCAACCAGGAGAACAACAAAAGGUCCCGGGACGACUCUCCCGAUGCUGCCGGUGGUUGCCACAAGCUUGCCCGAGUUGAAGACGAGCAGCUCGUUGCUGCCGGAGGUAUGGGUCCUCCUCUUCCUCCUGCUGAAAAUGUGGCACAAGGCGCCAUGCUCCAGCCUUACCCGAUGUUCUACUACCGAGACUUUUCUACUGAAUCGGAUCCGGACGCCUUGACCCCCUUGACUCCUCCGGGGCGUGUUCCGAACUUCCCUGCGAAGAUGCAUUCAAUUCUCAGCCGUCCUGAUCUUGCGGAUGUGAUCUGCUGGAUGCCCCAUGGCCGAUCUUGGCGCGUUUUGAAGCCUCGGGAGUUUGAGAUUCGUGUAAUUCCCACUUAUUUUGAACACGCCAAGUUCUCAUCCUUCAUUCGUCAGGCGAAUGGAUGGGGAUUCCGUCGAAUCACCCAAGGUCGUGAUCGCAACUCUUACUACCACGAGUUGUUCCUCCGUGGACUUCCCCACCUCUGCAAGCAGAUGAAGCGCCCAGGUGUUGCGCAAAAGCAAGCUGCCGAUCCUGAGCACGAGCCUGAUCUUUACAAAGUCUCCGAGAUGUACGCGGUUCCCGAAAAAGCUGAGGAUGACUCGAUUCUUCUCCAGUGCACGCUUCAGGGAGGCCCGAAGGCCCGCAUGCCCAUCUACUCGGGCGCCCUGAACAACUCCUCUCUCAAGGAUUUCAAGAUGCCUGGUGUUGAAACUGCGUCGUUGACUCCUCGCGACCAGCAAGCACUUAGCGCGUUUCAACAGUCCCUCGGUGCAUCCGAGAGUCAGUUCAAGUCUAUGAGCUUUUCCACCACAACUCCUCAAGCCACCCCGCUUGUACUUCCGCAGCAGUCUUACAUGACGCCGAAUGCUGCCCCCGUCAAUAUUCGACCAAACGUGGCCACCACAGAAGGAACAAAUAACAAUAUGUCAGCUCUCAUGGCAGCUAAUCAAUUGGCUUUUUCUCAACCCAACAUGGCCGCGGCCUUCCAAGCAAGUUCCGCUGCAUCGCAGUUUGCAGCAGGAUUCGCUGCGGCAACCGCUUUGAGUCAUCAACAGUUCCAAACAAUGCUAGGACAGUUUGGAGUAGCUGCCCAACCUACCCAAGUUUCGGUUCAACAACCGAUGAGCAUCCAGCAACAACCCGGGGAGCAACAGCCGCCCAUUCAGGUGCAGCAACAGCAAUCAAUGAUUGCGAACACGAACUAGGAAUACGUUUUCCGUUUACUUUACGUUACGACGACUAGAACGCGGCCACGAGCUCUCCUCAAGUCCUUUUCAUCUUUCCCUUGACACACUCUUUUGCACAACUAACUGGCAUUGCAUGAUUUUAGCUUCACAUUAAUUUCUCUUAACUUUACGGUUAGUUUGAGUUUCUGAUGAAAA